GGAUGUUGGUCCAGGGACAACGCAAACGAUAUCGGGGAGCCAGCUGAAUAGGAUUGCGCCAUGAAAAUCUGCUACCUGCCUAUUUUUAUGGCAGUGGCCGCCACCGUUAUUCUGGGGAUUUCGGCUCAGAAUGUCAGGGUUGCAAGGCAGCUAGAUUUGACGCCGCUGACCGACAUGGUCGGUUUGAUGGGCAUGAUCAUGUCCAUGAUGGUUCCAACUGAGGUCUCGUCGAUGUUUACUGACAGCUUCGGCCAGGUAUUCUCCGCAGUUCCGGUCGACUUCUCUUCGCUCACCUCCCUGGUCGGCCUGGGCAGGAAGCGCAGAGCAGUGUACCCUUGGCAGGCCCGGGUGAAGAAGAUCAUGAACGAGCUGGAGAGAGUCGAGAAAAUGCUGGAUGGGAUGCCCAAAGUUCCUGAGGAUCCGGAGUUCUCGUUUGAUCAGGGCUUGGUGGGAGUAGACGAUCGCGUCGGUACUGAUGAGACACCAGUGCCUUUCUUUUACCGAGACGAACUGAACCGAAGGUUUGCCAGGAGCCCCGAUAGUGAUUCUGAGGGGGACAGUGGAGCGGACAUGCAGUCUAAGGCAAUGGAGACGGCCAUGAAAGGAGCAACCAUAGCCGAGAAGGGCUUCGAGGGUGGUAAAAUGGCGGCAAACGCAGGGUCCGACUUAGCAAAGAGCGGGAAAGCAGGUGCUGAGGGGGCCGCUGCAGGGGCCGAAAUGUUGUCAGGGGCCGCAGAGACUAUCUCUGCCGGGGCCGGUCAGGGACAGCAGAUGGCUGGGAGCUUCUCUGGAUAACCGGAAGAUCUGGAAGUUCAGGAAGAUCUGUUGGUGGUGACACAAGUAAUCAGCAAGAAAUUGUAAAGAAUUAUUAAUUUUCUUCAUAA